UGGAGAGACUAGACUGUGAAGGCAUUGAUGAAUAAUUCAAACUGAAUCAGAUGUAGUUCCAAAGAAUCCCCUGUCAGUUCCCCUGGCUCUCUCCGUCAUUCCGACGGUGACUGCCAGUGUGGACUGGAGAGGAGACAAGGCUUUACCACUGCAAUAUGCUUUAAAUAACUGCCGUCUCCAGAUAUCCACUCGCGUCUGUCAGAGGUUUGCAGGACCAUGGGGACCCUGACGAGGAUUCCCUGCAUCUGUCUGCUCCUUUGCUUACUGGCUCUUCCCAUGCAAGGUCUGGAGAUCAUGGAUCCUGAGGAGGUGGAAUACAUCCGCCUGCGGGUCCGAGGUGUGCUGGGUGGCUCCCUCACCCUGGAGUGUGGCUCCACCCUGCCCACCAUCUUCAUCUGGGGCUUCACCCAACCUGGCACCCAGAGCAACCAGGCCCUGGCCUACAACUACGGGCAGGGGCCCAAACUGCAGCCCCUCACGUCCAGCCUGGGCCGGGUGAGCGUGAUGCCCAACACCUCCUCCCUGCGGAUCGAGCAGCUGUCCUGGGGAGCUGAGGGCACCUACACCUGCCAGGCCCUGUAUGACGCGGACGAAGGAGCCAAGAUCACCUUCUACUUCACCCAUGUUGACGUAGAGGAAGAAUAAGAGCUAAUGGCAAGGGUGACGUGGUAGCUUUUGGUCUUUUGGAUCCUGCUCAAGGUGGUUUAUAUUCGUGUUUCGACGUCCUUGUGUUAGUGUUUCAAAAGUUGGGUUCACCUGUGUUCUGUCUCUGCAUUAGCGAGAGAAAAGAAAUCUCAAUCAAGAUGGAUAGUUCUACAUAGCACUGAUUUGUGAUUAAAUUAUGUAUUUGCAGAAACUGUAUCAUACUGUAGAUGUAACAUCUGGAGCCUUGAGGUCAUAUUUGGACCUUUAUAGUAAUUUUGCUAACCUGUGUAAACAUUACUCAAUUAUGUUGGG